AAACCGUUGAAAUUGCCUAUUAUUGAAUUUUAAUGAGCUGUUGUUUGGGUUUUGUGUUUGUCAAAAAUUGCUUCGGCAUUUUGUUAAACAAGGUUUAUAUGAAACUUUAUAAAUAGACAAUUAAUUUGAUGAUUAAAGAAAAGUCUUAAAUAAUGGCUGGUACAAUUCUAGAAAACCUUAGUGGUCGUAAAUUAGGAUAUCUCGUCUCAGGUCUCCUGUUGUGUCAAAUAAUUUGUUUUCUCAUCGGAGGAUUAAUCGCUCCAGCCCCUUCCAAUGCGGAAAACAUGCUAGCAACUAAAUGUCUGAUGCAACAACCACUAUCAAUUAAACAAUUUGAUGAAGUGUGGCAUAUACCUCGAGGAAGUAAGAUGGAAAGUGUGAAUUGCAAAAUCCUUAAUGACCUUGAUUUGGACAGCCCUGACAUCAUUAAUGAUCCAAAUAUUACUCCCAAUCAUAUUGUUUUUGCUUUCCAAACACCGCUUCCCAAAAAUGGAAUAACUCUGGAUUAUUCUCGAUGGAUGAUGACAAUGAAUGCAUUGCUCGUUCUGGACAUACUUUUCAUGAAGCAAAAUCCCAUGACAAAAAACCCUAAAAUUACAUUUGAUGUAAAGUUGGGCUAUCGAAACAAGUGGGAUCCAGAUGAUAAAUGGCAGCUGUUAGCAAAUUCAACUGAAACAAGAGAACUUAAAUGCUCUAUCGAUGAUGACAAGAAGACUGAUGGAUAUCAUUAUGAUUGUGAUGUUUUACCACUUUUUGAAUUAGGGAGUGUACACCAUGAUUACUAUUUAAUAAACAUACGAGUGCCCAUUGAUUUCUCUGGAAAAACAUCUUUAAACGAAGGAAUUGGGCAUGUGGAUGACAUGUGGACUGUUAUAAUUCAUCAGAAUGGUGGUUUCACUAAAGUUUGGGUCUCAUUAAAGACAGUAUUCUUUCCUGUAAUUCUGUUGGUGUUGAUUUGGUACUGGAAGCGUAUAUGCCUUCUUUGUAGAGCUCCAAUUUUAGUUGAAAGAAUGCUGCUGUUCCUUGGAAUAUCCCUUAGCUUGUUAAAUUUGCCUUUGGAAUAUUUAUCUCUUUGGAUUGACAUGCCAUUUAUGCUUUUGUUCAGUGAUAUUCGCCAGGGUAUAUUCUAUGCCUCUCUUCUCAGUUUCUGGCUUGUCUUCUGUGGGGAGCAUCUAAUGGAUGAUGUAGAAAGGAAUAAGCUUAGAAGUUAUUGGCACUAUCUUACUUCUGUUGCUGUAGGCUGUUUCUGUUUGUUCAUAUUUGAUAUGUGUGAAAGAGGAGUUCAACUAAAAAAUCCAUUCUUCAGCAUAUGGACAUCCACUGUUGGCUCUAAAUUAUCUCUAGCAUUCAUCAUUUUGGCUGGAUUGUCAGCUGGUGUAUAUUUCCUGUUUUUGUGUUAUUUAGUUUUUAAAGUCUUCAAAAAUAUAGGCUUCAAAAGAAAUACCUUGCCAAGUAUGAGUAGUGCCAGGAGGAUGUACUAUGAAGGCAUCAUUUAUCGUUUCAAAUUCUUGAUGUUGACGACUGUAAUCUGUGCCGCUCUGACUGUCAUAUCAUUCAUAAUUGGGCAGGUGAGUGAAGGUCAAUGGAAAUGGGAUAAAGACAUUAGAAUGGAGUACACAUCUGCCUUUUUCACUGGUGUCUAUGGUAUGUGGAAUUUGUACACCAUUGCACUGCUUGCACUUUAUGCACCUUCACACAAGUAUUAUCCAGCACAGUCAGACGCUGUAUCAUCUACUCAAGAAGAAAUUGAAUUCAGUCGCCUGACGACCUCUGAACCAUCACCAUCAGAGCCCACUGAAAUCUCCAGCUUAACAGGUCUUGCUAAAAAAGCCGCAUUUGAUUAGUCCUUUUCGUCCAAUAACAAAUCUUUUUUCUACGCAGCAAGCAAUCAAUCAACCAGUAUUCAAUGUGAAAAUUGUCGACUUGAUACUUAGAACUACUCUUCAUUUUUUUCACCUAAUCAUAUUAUUAAGCUUUAUGGCCUGUUAUUACUUAUACUGUUAUUACUUUCAUGUUUUAUUUUUAGCCUUUUGUUAGAAUUAUUUCUACUUAACUGUGUUUGUUAUAUGGAAUCUAUGUUACUUUAAAUAUUGCAAUGUUUUAAGUUUCAUAUUGGGCAUUAUAAGUUUUGAAAAUGAAUGUUGAAAAAUAUUCCUAUUUUAUACUUUAUCAGAAGACAAUUUAUACAUUUUUUCAAAAAAUAGUAAGUUAUUUUAAUAUAACUUUCCCACUCAGCUAGAGUUGUAAUUAAAAUGUUAACUCUGAGACCCUUCUUCAAAAUUUUUGUUUUCUACUUACUUUCAGUGAGAUAGGCAAACAAUGAAAAUUCUGCCACAGGAAUUCAUAAUACAUGAAUCUUUUAAAUAAAAAAACAGGACCAAAAAUUAUAUAAUUGAAUAAAAAUUAAUGUAGAUUAUAAGUUUAAUUUCUAUUUCAUUCCGAAUUAAAUUCAGUAUUAUCAAAACUACUCGACUUUUAUACCAACCAAAAGUGUAAAAUAACAUCAAAGUUUUUAAGUAUUAUAAAAUUCCUAUUAUACAUCAUAUUUUUCUAAACAAUUCAUCUGGUUUAAAUAAACAUAAGCAAAUAAUAGUUUAACAUGUAUUCAGGAUAAAUAAGUUAUUUAAAUACAGUAAAAGGUUUACAACAUAUUUAAUUAUAAAUGUGUACUUAAAUUAUUCAGAGUUGCCAACUUUCUAUGCUUUUUGAGAAAAUUUCUUCUUGUGGCAGCUAAGUUUUUAUUUUAAUAUAUGAUUCUUUGUUUUGUAAAGAUGACUUAAAGUUAUUUUUUACACCAUUUCAUAUAAAUGAUUUAAAAGUUCAUAUGAAACACCACUUUGUUAAAGCUCUCUUGUUAUGAGGAUUUUAAAAUGCUAGCAAAAUUUCUGAAACCUUUAGUCUUUAAUCGUCUACCACUCUAUUUUGCAAAACGCGUAAUUGGCAGCCCUAAUUAGUAUUUAAAAAUAUUUCUUUGAUAAAUAUAGCACAUUUGAGAACAAAUAAUUGUAAUGUACUAAAAUAACUAAAUUAUUAAUGUUAAAAAUUCAAUUUUAAUUAUUGUAUAAUUAUGAAAAUUUUUACUACAUGAUGAUAUUUAAUAACUAUAGCUAUAUCAUUAUAUAAAUUAAACUAAUUUAAGAGGCCUAUGGUUUUUUUUUUAAAGAAAUCUUGUUGAAAAUUAUUUAAAUUAUGCAUGUGACAAAAAUUUUCUAAUUUCUAUUCAAUUCUCUCUGAUUCAAUUGAUAAAAUAUAUUAUUGAAAUGUAGAAUUUCUUCCAACUCUGUUGUGACCCAAUCAAUUUUUAUGUACUGAUGUAAUCUGUAAACAUGUUGUUUUCUCUGUAGUUAUUUUUUGUAAUUUCAUACCAUGACAGAGUUCCAUUCGUGUUGCAUUUAACAUGUAGAAAUCAUGUAUACUAGGAUUUUGUACACAUAAGCAGGCUUUCCCAUUGCAUUAAUAAAUAUUAUAAGAAUUUUUUCUUUAAUUGGUGUAUUUUAAUCUAAUUUAUACUAUUUCAUUUAGAAUGUCAAAUUCAUUAGCUAUUAUAUUAUAUCAGAUCAUAAAUCCAUAACAUUUUUCACUUUCAUGAGAUAGAAAUCUUUUAGCAUUUAUAAUUGUUCUUUUUGGUGCUAAUUCAUUUUUAACUUACAGAUGAAAAAAAAGUUGUUGUUUUUUCAUCUGUUGUGCUUUAACAUUUAUACGUGUUAACUUAUUUACAAGAUAUUUUAAAUCAGUAUCUAUUUUAAGUUACUGUGUUUUACUGAAUUAAGAUAAUAAUAUUUGAUUUAUGUCCUCAUUAUCAUUUCUGUAGAAACAAUCGCAAUCUUAAGCACUUUAAUAUUUAGCUGCUACUACAGUAAAAAGUGUUUUUUAAACAAUAUAUAUAUAUUUAUUAGUAUGUACAUAUGCAGUACAACGUCCCAUAUUUGGAGGUCCUUUUAUUUGAAACUAUUUUCAAGACUAGUGUGUUUUCUUUUUUCAAAAAAAAAAAUAACAAAUUUACUCUAGCAGUUAAAAAAUAAAAUUGAUAAUUUUUUUUUUCUUUUUAAUUUUUUCUUUCUGAGCUCUAGAUAGCUAAACAUUCAUUCUGUUUCCGGAAGCACACUAAAAAAGUGGUAGAAGAGACAAGAGCACGAAAAGAAUAACAAACUUUUAAGAUUAUUAAUUAAACUGAACAUUAAUUGUAUUCAAAAGAAAACCAGCAGAUAUGCUCUGUUUCCUUUAAAUUAUAACUUUUCCUUAAAAAAAAUUUUUUCAAUUCUGUCCCUUGUCUAAUAUUUUGUUAUUAAAUGGAAUUAAUUUAUUUUUGGAAUUUGAAGCUUAUUUUUUUAUUUUUAUUAUUGUUUUAUUAUUUGCUUAUUUUUUGAUUAUCUGUGUUGCUAAUUCUUCACAUCAAAUGGGGAGAGGGAAGAGAAAAAAUGUGAAUUUAUUCAUGAAAGGGAAGGUUAAAAUUAUCCACUGCUUUUUUUUCUUUAUACAAUCUACGCUCUUUAGCACAACCCCUGCUAGUGCAACCUUUCCAUUAUAAUGACUGCUUUAUGAAGUUCUGUUUGCUCUUCCACUAACACAAUGCUAUUUUAAUGUCCAGUCGAACGUCCAAAUUGAACCAUAUAUUACAUCAUAGUGACCGCAAUUUUGUUUCAUUUUUUGAUGACCCAGAAAAUCAUUACAAAAACAGGUGCAAGACAUUUUUGAGCUUUCAUUACUAACAUUCUUCAUUGACUUUGAGUCAGUCGAUAACAAAGUUUUUAUGUAAACUAUUCAAACCGCUUUUUCUUUGGAUGUUACAGCGCAAUAAAUAAAAAAAUCUUCUAUUCUCUAUGAAGAAAGAAUAACAGGACCACUCAGUCUAUACCUAGAAUGUCUUGGAUAUAAUCUAUGGUUAAAAGAAUUGUAAUUAUUUGGAUUGCUAAUCACUUUUGAGAAUUUAGAGAAUGUAAUUGCAACACCAUUUAGAAAUCUGGGUUUCCCAUAUAAUUGUAACCUUACAAAAUUUCAUUUUGAAAGAUUCAAGCAAAGGUUUGGAAGGUUCAAAAUUUCAUUUUGAAAAGUUUUCUGGGGGUAUGUUAUUCAGCAAAAAUGACUUUGAACCAGUGUAAUGCUAUGUUCAGUACGAAGCAUUACACUUGAACUAAAAACUUUAAAUAAAUUGAAUAACACAAAUUGUUAAAUUAUUCCACAUCUUGAAAAGCUGUAUGUUUGUAAGAAUUACAAACCGGAAUGUAAUUCUAAAGGCUAAAGAACAAUUCAGAACAGUAUUCUCGAUAAUGUUCAAUAGUUAUGUUUGUAAUAAUUUUAUGAAAAAUGCAAAGCUCGUGAAGGAAAAUUUCAAAAUAUUGAAAAAUCAUUGAUAGGCUGUUUAAAGUUAAUUAGCAAUAUAUAAAGAUGCCUUUUGAAAAAAUUUAAAAAUAUUUUUAUUCUUUAAUUUAUUAUAAUAAAUAAUACUUUUAUUUUAGACUUAUAAAAAACUGCAUAUAAAUCAGUUUCAUAAUUCUGUUAAAGGUAUAGCAUGCUUUUGUUAAUAUAAACCCAGUAUUUAUGAAAUAUAAAAAAUAUUUGAACUAAUUUUAUGCAAUCAUGAUAUAGCGACCUUACUCAAAAAUGUUUGUUUUCGUUUGGACAACACGGGUCGUCGUAUCGGGGGGUUUACUGUAUAUAUUAUCACAUAAAACUUAAGUAAACUAAAGACCAUUCAAUGUAUAAGAAAUUGAUGGAUGUGUAGGAUUAUCAUUAAUUAUUGUCUAUUUAUUAUUUUAAUUGAAUAAUGCAUGUUUUGUUUGUUUACCUUAAAAAUCUGUUAUCCGGGAAAAUCUAUUUUCUGGACUAGCCAAGUAUGGGACUUUCCAUGGAAUAUGUUAUUUCAUUGUGUGUUUUUUGCCUUUUAAAAAUUUAAUAAAUAUUAUUUCCUUAACUAAAAAUAAAAAACGCACAAACUAUUUUCUAUUUCGAUGUUUUAUUGGUGCUUUAUAUUUCUAAAGUGUCUAAAGAAAUACUCUGUAAAACAAUGAUAAUUUUCCUUUUAAAUUUGAAGUUCAAAUUCUUAAAGCAUAAUUAUGCUAAAGAAAUGUGUUAAAUGAUAUUAGCAGUUAUUAAUGGUAAGAGGAAAAUAUAGACUGCUGAUGAUUGUAUGUGACAUCACAAGAAUGCAAUUAUUGUAAAAAUUCCAAUUGUUGUCAAGUUUUCAUUUUCUAUUUGAUAUAGAUAUAAGCUAUCUACAAAUAUAACAACUGAGUUACUAUUUCAAUAUACUAGCUUUUGGUAUGCUUUAGAAUGCAGCUUAAUUUAUAAAUUAGUUUGAUCUUCAUCAUAACAAUAAAAAAUCAUUUGUUUGAAACGUUUAAGAAUGUUACUCAGGCACAAUUGUUAUUACAAAAUUUAAUUUUUUUGUAAUAACUUAACUAACUAGAUGCAAUAUUUUGAAUAAUGAUAUUAAUAUUUUACAUCUAGAUUUUGGUAGUUUUUAAAAACUUAACACAAUUUUUAUCUUUUUCUGAAACUUUAUUUAAAUCAAUAACUUAAUAAAGUAUAAUGUAUAGCAGUAUUUAAGUUUUUUUUUAAACUAUUAUUGUUCAUUUUAUUUAGUUAACAUUUUGAAAUGAGUUGUUUUUGUUGAUAUAAUAAUUUUUUUUAUUAUGUUUCUUUUCUUGUUAAACAUAUGUGUGGGUUAAAUACAUCCAUCCAUUUUUUUACAUAUUUUGGUUGUGAUUUAAUUUUUUUAUAUAUAAAAUUUAUUUUUAUAAUUUUAUUCAGUUUUAUAGUGAAAACUGUGAUGUAUUCAAAGUAAUGAAUUUGUAUUAUGAAUUUUUAGAAGCAAGGUGUCCAUUUUUAUGUUUGAAAUCUCAUAAAGCACAUUUUGCAUGUCUCAUACUAUCGUAUCAGCACAAUAUUGUGUGCUAUUGAACUAACAAUUAUUUAUUGUGUGUUACUGAACUAAUCAAAAAGUUGCCAUAAAUACUGAGAAAGAAAUUGAUGCCAAAUUUUUUUAUGCCAGUAUGAUUUAAUUAUUGCUUAGAUAUUUUCUUGUUGGUGUUGGAUAUUUAUUCAUGCAUUAUUUUUUUAAUAUGUCAGUUUUAAUCAAUGUGUUUUCAUGUAAAUCUUGAAAGAGAAAAAGCAAUUCAUUUUUUUUAUUGUGAAAAUAUUACUAUUUUAGUUGCUAUUUGUUAUUUUUAAUGAACUUUUUGCAUUUAUGCUGGUUUUCCAGUUUAGACAUAUCUGUGUAGUAAAAACUGAGAAUAUUAGAAGUAAUAAAGUUUUUAAUCAGUCAAA